UGUUUCUGUUAAACCCUAAAAAUCUUUAACGGCGAGUUCCUCCUUCUUCCACGUUCUCCGCCGCGUCUUCUUUUGUUUUUUCAUCUCUCAAAACCCUCUCAGGACUCAGAUUCUGAUUUUUAUAAAGUCUCUCUCAGUGUCACAGAACAAUGUCAGCAAAACCUGGAGCCACAACGCCAACGUAUUCUCCUAAAGUUGUGGGAAGAUCUCGUCUUCCUAUAUUCAAAGACUCCGACCUCGAUUGGUCCCGUCCUGAUGGCCGUGGCUUCCCUCAAUGCCGACCUGCCUUGCUUCAAACUGCUGCUGUGAGCUCUGCUUCUGGUUCUGCUUAUGCUGAGUUUGGGAACACAAAAGUCAUUGUUUCAGUAUUUGGGCCAAGGGAGAGUAAGAAAGCAAUGACUUAUAGUGAUGUUGGUAGAUUGAAUUGUAAUGUUAGCUAUACUACUUUUGCUUCCCCGACUCUUGGCCAGGGAACUGAUCAUAAAGAGUACUCAUCAAUGCUUCACAAAGCGUUGGAAGGCGUAAUAAUGAUGGAGACUUUUCCAAAGACUACUGUUGAUGUUUUUGCAUUGGUGCUUGAAUCUGGAGGCAGUGACCUUUCUGUUGUGAUAUCAUGUGCUAGUCUUGCUCUAGCUGAUGCCGGGAUUAUGAUGUAUGACCUUAUCACAGCUGUUUCAGUGUCUUGCAUAGGGAAAAACCUGAUGAUUGACCCGGUUACUGAAGAGGAAGGAUGUGAAGAUGGAAGCUUUAUGAUGACGUGCAUGCCAUCUCGUUAUGAAGUCACUCAGCUAACCGUCACGGGUGAAUGGACAACGCCUAAUAUCAACGAGGCAAUGCAGCUUUGCUUGGAUGCUUGUUCAAAACUUGGAGAGAUCAUGCGGGAUUGUUUGAAACAGGCUGCCUCAGCUUCCGAUGAAUGAACAUAAAUGAAGAAAGAAAAAAAAAAAACUAUGGUUUUGGAUUGUUGUAAGACUUGGUAUGAAACCGGUUUAGCUAUUAUAGGUAAAACUUGAUUCUAGUAUAAACUGGUGUGGUGUGUAGUUUAAAAACCGGGUGUAACUUUUAAGAUGAGAUUUGAUGCAACUUAGAUAUUUUAGUUAUGAAAUGAAUCCAAUUUUGUAUCCCAUUUGCUAGUA